ACAUAUGUGAGUGUAUAUAUAUGAACCUUGCAGCAACCAUUAUAUUCGGUAGUCAAACAAAGCCCUACAGACAUCGAUCUCUGAUCUGAGAAAAAAAAUCCUUAUAUGGCGAGAAUUACAAUGGAAGCAAGCAAGGCUGUCCUGCUCUUGAUGGUGAUCCUAGGAAGUUUGAUGAUUCCUGCAUACUCUCGGAACGUUGUUCGUUUCUGCAAAUGCGAGAAACAGGCCUGCAAAAAGGGAGCAAUAUCCGAAGGUGUUUGCUACUGCUGUCCAGGCGGCAGUUGUUAUUCGACGAUCCAGGAUUGUGCACCAUCUUGCAAGUGCAGCAAGCUUUCACAUGCCCCCCAUUUCAAAUAGCAAGCAGAUCCUGCCCUAGUCAUCAAGUCAAUACUAAAUGUAAGAGACAGUGAAUCAAUCCUGUGAUUUAUUGCAGAGACAAAUUUAAAAAAGUGGUGGCGGUUGUUGAUGUUUGA